ACAUUUUUCUCUAUUUUAUUUUCAUCCAAUAUUCUAUUUUUGGUACGCUCUCUUGACUGCUCUUUCCAAACUCAAGUCAUCGUCCCUCCUUAGCAGUCUAUCCAUUGCACGUUUUAUGUAAAACUCGAGGUCAAUCUUUCCUUUUAAUCCCUGAUCAAUCCAAUAGUCACCAAAUCCUACGAAUUUCAGAUAUUCAGGGAAACAAACACGAAUAGAAGAUGAACAAUUUAUCUGCAGGACCCUCAUCAAAAUCAAAAGUUGGAGCCUCACAACCUUCUGAAACUUCAUUUAAGCGAAAGCGAGGCGUCUUUCAGAAAGAUUUGCAGCACAUGAUGUAUGGUUUUGGAGAUGACCCUAAUCCCCUUCCAGAAACUGUGGCACUUGUGGAGGAUAUCGUCGUGGAGUAUGUUACAGAUUUGGCGCAUAAAGCCCAGGAUAUCGGAUCAAAGAGGGGGAAGCUAUCAGUUGAGGAUUUUCUGUACCUAAUUCGCAAGGACCCGCCAAAACUUAACCGCUGUACAGAGCUUCUAAAUAUGCAAGAAGAGUUGAAACAAGCAAGGAAAGCUUUUGAAGUGGAUGAGGAGAAGCUAGCAUCAAUCGAGUGACACGAGAGAACAUAAACUUUGCAACUUGUCCUUGAUAUUUCUUUGGUUUUAGUUGUGUGUUAUGUAAAUAUUGAGAUUAGCUGAACUGUAAUUUUCUCAAUUUGAAGUCAUUUUACUGGUUACUGACCUUAGUUUUUAUUAAUAGGAAAAUUGCCUUGUAUAUCCAACUGAUGGGUAAAUAGUAUUUGAAAAGCACUGUUUGUUCAAAGGACUCUUUUAUUAGCAAUCCUCCUCUAAUAUGAAAGCGCAAUAUGACAA